AUGUCCAGCUACCAACUGACUUUGAUUUUCGGCAUGGCCAUCCUGUGGACCGUGGUUAGCGGCACCACCCAACCGCCUAGCACCAGGCGACCACCGAUCACCUCCGCUCGUCCCACUGCCCGGAGGUGUCCCCUCUUCCCGGAGGUCUGCUCCAAGACCAGUCCCAAGGUCUGCGGCAGGACACCGCGUGGAGAAUGCCAGCGUUUCGAGAACAUCUGCCAUCUGAUGCUGGCCAAUGUUCUAAGGAACCCCGAGGGUAUAAGGCAUACCCGCGACCUUGACUGCCGCAAUGUUAAGGGCGUUGGCCCUGCCCACCGCCGUCCCUGCUACAAUCCCUGCCCGGCCCGUCCCGUCGUCUGCCAGAGGUCGCCCCCUAGCCAGCACAUCUGCGUGAGGAGCAGAAACAACCGGCAGUGCAAGGUUCUGGCCAACAAUUGCCAGUUGCGUAACCAAAACUGCCACAGCCAGCCCAGGAACAACUGGCUACGCACCGAUAAGAGGCGCUGCGGCCAGCUGCAGUUGGGUGAUAAGCCCCAGGCCUGCACCAGGAUUCCACGACGAACUACACCCAGAACCACCCGCACUACGCGCACCACACGCCGCCCUCGCACCACCACCAGCACCAGCACCAGCACCACCACCACUGCCAGACCUGUCUAA